AUGUCACGUCGGACCACUGCGUAUGAUCGGCCCGACCGGCCCUUUUCCUUGGGCACUUGUGUUUUGUAUGGAUGCGGCGCCGGGUUGUUGGGGGUUGCAGCAAUGACCGUGGGCGAGAAGAUCGAACAGUUCUUUACUUCACGGCCCAAUUCAUACGUACCAGCCCAUACUUUAGAGAGGCUACUGUCUUUCCCUACACGACCUGACGAGGAGAGGUUCGGGCUGAACAUGGCCAUGCAUUAUGGACAAGGUGCUGUGGCGGGCAUCAUCCGGGCGAUGAUGAGCGCAAAUGGCAUAAGAGGCCCGUUCGCCGAUUUCAUGUUCAUUUCUGUGCGCCUCUUGAUAGAUCAAUCAUUGGAAAACUGGACCCAGGUCGGCGCACCACCCUGGUCAUGGCCAGUCAAUGAGCAGAUCAUCGAUAUUCUGCAUAAAGGAGUAUAUGCUUUUGUGACGGGGUAUUUUACGGACAAAUGGCUACAAUGA